AUUGAUGUAUCAAUUUUCGAAAAACAAGAGAGAAAGGGAGUAAAAAAUUGAACUUCUCAUCCUCAUAGUGUCACUCUGCAUCUUGAAAACUUCCACUCGCAAAGUCCACUCGAAAAGCAUGAAUAGUUCCAAACCACUAGACUCCAUCCCACCAACCGACUCAGUAGAAAUCACAAACGGCCUCACUCUCACUCCUCGAAUCAAACUCCGCCUCACAAUCCACCACGCCGACGCCAGCGUUUCACCCUUAGACGAAUGGAAGCUAAAGCGAUCCCUCAUCAACUUCCUCAAAUCCUCCUUUUCUAUCCCUAUCACUAUCCCCGAAGAAGACCUCAUUGUUCGCCGCUUCAAAGACCUCAAGAAGCGUAAGCGCGAAGACGCCGUUGCUGUUGCAUCCCUUUUUAUUCGUGAUUUAGGGUUUAUUGUUUCCGCCGCUGAGAAGAUCAAGGGUUUUGAUGGAGGUGAUGGCGGGUUGGAGGAAGUGUUAGAAAAGAAGUUUCUGGAAUGGCGGAUUGUUUUGGUAGAGAAGAUGGAUGGUAUGGAGGUUAAUUUGGAAGGGGUUAAGUUUAGGGUUAGUGUUAAUUUGCCGGUUUCGGAUGAUUUUGAGAAGAUGAAAAAGGAGUGGCAGGAGUUCUAUGCUUUUGGACCAGGGAGUUAUUCAAGGGGAGGAAAGAAGGAGCCAGAUACAAUUAUACUGAGAGGUUUGCCAUCACGAUGGUUUGCAGAGCCACGUGUGUCAUCUAAACCGUCAAUGCUAGUUACACAUGCCAUUUUUUCCACCUUUGGGAAAAUAAGGAAUCUUAAUGUUGCUGAGGACAAUGAUCCAGGUACGGAUACCGAUGCAGAUGAUGAAGAUCUAAUUUCAGGUUUACAGUGCAAAGUCGUCGUUCAAUUUGAUCAAUACAAGGAAUUUUACAAUGCAUUAAAGGUUUUAUGCAGUCGUUCAUUGAAAAAGGAAGGAUCACGCAUGAAGGCUGACUGUGAAUUAACUUGGGACAAAGAUGGAUUUUUUCAACAUGCAAGGCGUUACACACAAGAGGGAAAUAGCCGAAUCCCGACAGUUGGGGCUGGGCAAUACAGAAAUGAAAGACGCUCAUCCUACAAUUCUCGUCACAGCCCAGAUGAUGAAUAAGAUCUGUUGAGAAGUUAUUGAUUAGAUUGAAUGUUGAAUGGAUGGAAAUUGCACAGGCUUACUUAAACAGGACCGUUUCGGCCAUUGUAAGCCUAGUUCAGAUGGUCGUCUCUAGUCAUCUAUUAUGAUGAGGUGGUUUCUGCUUAAACAACUCACUGAUAUCCAGGUGCGCAGAACCGCCAGAAUGUAUUCAUCUUUGGAACAUACUUUAUACAUUUUCUUAAUACGCUGAUUCUUGGCAUCAAUUUUGGGACUUUCUGAAGAGAUCUGAAAGUGUACUAUUCCUAUUUCCUAUUUCCUGGUAUUACUUCUGCUAUGUAUUCAACAAAUUUUCUGACCUAAUGUUAUUAGAUUUUUA